GCCCUCAGCUCUCAUCUGCCUGCCGGGCUGUUGGACAGGACAAGUUAAAAAAAAAGAAAAAAAGAAAAAGAAAAUACCAAAAAUAUAUGCCAGCAUGACAGGGCGAAGGCCCAGGCUGGAGAGACUACGUCUCUCUGCUGGAAUCAUCUCGGGGUCUUCCCAGAGGAAGUGGAGGAAGUGGACGGGGAGAGGGAAGUCUGGGCAUUUUUGCUUGGACUGCUGCCCCCCGUGACCCGGUCCUGGAUAUGUGCAAGAAGAUGGAUGAAUGAAGAACUGGUUAAAAAAGAAACAGCUACUAGGGGUUAAUAUUUGUGUAUCAUGGCUUCUGCACAGAGGUGUGGUGGUUGGCAUCCCAGCUCCAAGUGAGAAGGCCCUGGUUGAAAUCCCAUCUGGGCUCUUUCUGUGUGUGUGUGGGGGGGGGGGGGGGGGGCAUGUUCUCUUCAUGCAUGUGUGGGUUUUCUCCAGGCACAGUCAGAAGUCACAGUCACAGUCUCCCCCCCACAGUCAUAUGCAUGCUUCAAAGGUUAGUUCUAAAGUGUCCCUAGGUGUGAAUGGGAAUGUGUGUGUAGCCCAUCCAGCCUGCCCCCCGCUUUCACCCAAAAUUGGCUGGGAUAGGCUCCAGUAACCCCUAUGACCCCAAAUAGUAUCAAGCAGGUUUUGAAAAUGGAUGGAAGAACGGAAGGAUGGAUGGAUAGAUGGACUAAUAUACAGUAACAGAUAGCUUUGUAAACAAGAGUGAGUCAUGCCCAGAGCUCCCAUGAGGAAGACCAUCCACCAGCAACUCUAAAUGAGCACGGAAGUAUUGAUCCACACAGCUCUUUAGACACUAUCACAUGAGUGGAGAAGCAAUAAGGUAAAUAGUUUUACUUUCAAUAAGAACAACAAUAUGAAUCAUUUUGUUGGUUUUUCUAUUUUCCAAAGUGUGAGACAAUGUUUUAUACGUAUUUAUUCACCCAUGCUGAAGUUCACAGAACUAAAGCAGGAGAAACUUUUGUUUUCCUUAUAUUUUUGAUCCAGCAUGUCAUGAAGUGUAAGCAUUGUAAAAAAAACUAUUCAAUAAAACCAAAUGGGGUUGACAUCGUCAGUAAAAAUAGGUGACAGUUUUCAUUCAUCUGGGUGACAUUGUCUUGGAGUUAAAUCGUAGCAACUGCAAAUCUCUUUCAUUUCACCGCUGGUCCAAGUGGCUUCAUCGGCCUGAGCGGUGCAGGGUUCAGUCCAGCUUUGUUUCCUCCAGGUUGGUCGCCCAUACUCCUCCAAAGGCAUCCCUCAUCAAAAGGAAACAAAGAAGUGAAAGCAGAGUAAAACACAGGCUGUUUGUUUCUCUGAACUUAUUCUCAAGCAGGAAACAAAAUCCUGAGAAUGUGAUCAAAAAGUGUCACUCCACCGUCAUUUUAUCACUGAUUCUGAAGGUCCACCUGCUGGCAGCAGCAACACCGAGAAUGUCAGGUGGUUUGCCUUAAGCCUUAAAUCUCAGGUUGAGAAGAGUCAUGAGAUCAUUCAUUCAUUCAUUUUAAAAACAUUUGUCCAAGGAGAUGUAAAAAAGUAAUAUUUGUAAUAAAGAAUUGUUUUUAAAAAGGAGGACAGUGACUCACAUUCUGUAAGUCAAUGAAUGUUACGACUAGGAUCCCAUUUUGAGCAAUAUUUACAGUUUUUCUCCAUUGGUUUGGCUCAUUCCUUGAAACAGAAAUUACAUUCUCAAAACAACAUGGACAAACCUCCAAACCACUUGGCAAUUGUUCACAACAGAAUGGAAUUUACUCAUUAAUUUCAUCAAAUUGCAAAUGUCUUAGUACAUGUCUCAAUGUCUCAGUACAGCUUUGCAAGUGAUCACAGGUAGCCUUCAUUUAGCACAAUUUCCAAGUGAAUAGAUCUUGUUGAUCUAAACUGAUUGUUGAUUCUCAGUCUAAUGGUUGUUUGCUCCAAAAUGAGUCAGCAUCAUUUCAUUGUGUAAGUCAUCACAUGCACAAUAGUCUGUUCAAUUGUCAAAAUUUAUCAAGAACAUAAUACCAUGAAUGUGAUUUAUGAAUCCUUUGGAACAUUUGAUACAUUUAUUUGUAUUUUGAUUUGAUCCCUGAAACUGAGGUCUCUUAGGGCCUCACCUACCACUAUAUGUUAUUGUAUGGGACAAUGUGAAUUUCCACCGUGGCCCACUGGUCAGGGCCUGGUUCACUACUCAUCCAAGGAUGGUCAUAGUGUUCCUUCCACCUUACUCUCCUUUCCUCAAUCCUAUUGAGGAGUUUUUCUCUGCUUGGAGGUGGAGAGUGUAUGAGCAUCGGGCUCAAGAUCAGAGGUCCCUGCUCCAUGCGAUGGAUGCUGCGUGUGAGGAUAUUACGGGGGAUCAGUGUAGGGGAUGGUUGCGACAUGCACGCGGUUUCUUCCCUCGUUGCAUCACAAGGGAGAAUAUAUGCUGUGAUGUGGACGAGAAGCUGUGGCCAGACAGAAAGCAGCGUGUGGAUGGCCAGCAGGGUGAGGACGAUGGCCAGGAGAGGGAGGGUGAGGACAGCAACCAGUGAAGAACUGUUAGUUGUGAAACUUGAGCAUCAUAUACAGCACUGUAGGCUGCAUAUCAUUUUCAUUGUUAUUUUUGUGUUUAAAUUAUAAAGUAUAUUAUGCUGUAUACAUUUUCUUUUUACUCUGAUGUAUGAAAGUUACUGUGUGUGAAUGAUAAUGGUCACAAUUUCCUUGGCAGUAUGAGUGCAAUGUGUGCUGUUACUGUAAAGGCUACUCUUACCCUAAAAUCCUUUUCCUUUUUUUUCAGUUUUGUACAAAAUUGUAUUCUGUUAGCUAUACAAAAACAGUACAGUUACCAUUGUCAAUAAAGGACUGAGCUUAGACUGAAAGGUGGACAUGAGGGAUAUUUCAAUGGUCCUCUGCUAUAGUGAAAAAACAUCUAAUCAUUUUGACCUGCAGUGCCUACACAAUGCCAAAGGGACAAAGUAUUUUGGGGGCACUGACAGUUUAAAUGAGAAGGAAAUUUAGUUUUAACACAUGAGUGAAUUGCUUUGGGAGAGAUAUGAGCUUUUGCAGAUGAACCAUGGCGUUGUGCUGAACCAUCCACAUUAUUUUGACAAAAGCACCAAGACUGUUGAGAACGUCCGGUCUGAUCAAGAAAUGAGCCAAAGCAAUUGAGAAGGAUCUUUGCCAUUUUGGUGGCACUGACACUACAUGGGAAAGGAAUUUAGUUUUGAAGCAUGAGUCAAACAGUUUUGGGAGAUAUAUUAGAUUUUGCAAGUGAGCUAUACUGUUGUGCUGAACUGUAAGACUGUUUUACCAAAUGAUCCUAUAGUUUUGAGAAUGUAAUUUCUGUUUCAAGAAAUGAUCCACACCAAUGGAGAAAAACUGUAAUGCCCAAAUUAGAUCCAGUGCUGUGUUGAGUUAAAGAGUUUCAAGAAUAUACAUUCCAUAGUAAAAGAAGUUUAUUUUCAUGGAACCUUGAAGUUAUCUUCUUUUCAAUCAAGCAGUGUGCUGUUGACAGCUCCGGUCUCUUUGCAGCCCUCCUCUGAUUUUCUUUUGUUGUGGCUGAGAUUGUUUGUUGCUGCCGUCUUCUCCCCAGAAAUCAGUUCUGUUACUGCUGCCCAGCAGUCCUGACUCCACAGUAGUUAGGUUAAGAUCCUGACUGGCCCUGUCUUCUCUGUUCCAGUCUGCUCCUGGACCCGACUCCCAGACAUCACCUGAUUCUAAGAACGGCUCUCAUCCUCCCUCAUCAGCCUCUGCGGCUCACAGCCACUCCUUUCCUGAUCACGGCAGAACAUUCAAAGUGACAGCAAUGGCAUCUUAUUGAUUGCAGAUUGUCUUCAGGCUAUCCGCGACGACCUUGUUGUUCACACUGUGGUGCAUUUGCUUACUGGAACCCACCUCCUGCCCAUAAAUUUGCAUGGCUCUCUGUUGCUCUGUGAAUGCUGCUACUCAAACCAGUUACAGGGACCACACAGGCUUCAGUGGAAGCAUAUGGAAUGAAUGUGAGGACAAGGCAAGACGGGUCCAGACAUGGCACUUUGUUUGAUCCACAACUCUGAUGUGAUGAGUGAUCUCCUCACCAUCAGGGAGAAAGGUGUCCUCGUGUCCCUUCUCAAACCCCGCUGUCAGCUGAUUAAAUCAACAGUAGCACAAGUACUACAGGCCAGCAGCGCUCCAGGAGAGGAACAGAGCUGGGACCAAUUUGACAGCGGUGUGCUGUGCCUGCUGAAGGAGGAAUCUGCAUCCUCCUACUUCCUGAGUCUCUACUGUGUUAAGAAAGCGGAGUUACUGUGGGAGCAGGACCUGCGCCUUACCUCUGAGUACACUGUGUCACGUCCUUACUUUCACACCUUUCUGGCAGGAGCCCAGUCAUUUGGAUUCAACUUUGCAAAUGAUGAUGAAGCCGAAGAAUUUUAUCUUGCAGUGACGGAGGCUCGUGGGUUGAGGACCAAUCAGAUGAGACGAAAUGAAACAACAGCAAGCAGCUCAACAAACAAAGAGCCCAAUUCAGGAAAUACGUCAGAAGUCGGUCUUGACGGGAGGAAAGAUUUUCCAGCAGCGGCAAAGCCCAGCAUGGCUCAUGACAACUCGGAAGCUUUUGUGGAUUUGGAUCCUGCUAUAGAAAGAGUGUUGGUGCGGGCGGGACUCAGUAAGGACGAUCUCAAAAACAGAGACGUAACAGAGGCUGUUGACCUGAUAUUCGCCCGGUCUGGAGGAGUUAAGGCUGUGGAGCAAGAGCUGAGAAAGGCCGCCUCGCAGACGCUUCCAAGACCUGCAGGGGGUCUGGCUCCUAAACCCAACAGGAUUGGCCACUGAUGCUCCACUGCAAAUGUCUCCCCACCUCUUGCUAGGUGGACGGAGGUUUCCGCAAAGCAGAGAAGAAGAAAGAUCCAAACUCUGAUGGUGAGCCGCUUCCAGAGUCUUCAGCUGGGAAACAUUUACAGGGCUUCUGCUGAUUCUGUUGAUUUUUCCGCCAUUGUAUUUGACCUCAUUCUCUGUUGGAACAGAUCUUUGGUGAUUCUGUGGUGUAUGCACAUCUUUAGAUAAGUCUAGUUAUAUUCUGUGUCAGGAUCCAGUAAUCAAAUAAAGCUCAAGAUUUCCAGAACAAGACCUUGUUUACAGACACAAUAAUAAAGGUGUAGUCCAUUUCAUUAUACAUGCUGCUGUAACAGAACGAAAUCUGUCCUUUAGUUUUAAUCACAUAAAAUGCUGUUUAUCCCUUUAUUUCUUUAACCUCUGUGUUCAGUGAGGGACUUGUCCUUACGUUCUUCUUCUUCAUGGGCUUCUCCUUCAUAUGCUCUGGGCUUUCUUUCCCUUUCCCAUUCUUGUUUCAUUGUCUGGUUGGAUGUCAUGUAACAAAAACUAUAUCAAUAGUCAAUUUAUAUUCGUUUUGCCCUAUAUUCUGUUAUUAUAUGAGUUAUAUUGCAAAAAAAGGAAAUAUAUUCAUAUAAUGGAAGAUAAAAAUAAGAGAACAAUCAAGAUGUUAUUGUUUUUUAUGUAAAUAUAAGCUAAUUCUGUUGUUUUCAUAAAGGAUCUAGAACACUGUUAUCAUUUUGUGUUGUUUUGAAACACAUUGCCAGAUCCAUAAUAAAUGGAGGUGGUCUCCAAGGGUGUUGCUGUGUCACAACGCCCUACAUUUCUCUAGAACAGCAUAGAGGUGACUCAGUUACACUUGGCUUUCAUUUGUCUCAUUAGAAUUUUAUUUGUUUUUAAUCCUUUUAACUAAAAACAAAUGUAGCUGUUAAAUUGUAAUAACAAUGUAGUGUCAACUGCAGCCACAUUAAGUAAUGCAGGACCUUAUGGAAGUCCAACGAGACAAGGUUUUUUGAUCAAAGUUCCACCUGGUUUACCUUUCAAUGCGCGUUCAAUGGCUGCACGUUUGGUACGCAGCGCCUGAAAACAGUCGUAGAAACCUGCGUAGCAAUGAAGCCCAAAACACAUGGACUUUUAACUGGAAGUGGUUGAAGGCGCGUUGCCGAGGGAGGUGUGAACUUAGCUUCAGACCCACUAUAUAGGAUUCUGGUCAGUAGGACUUCCAGACAGGCUUGUGUUUGGGAGUAACCUGGAUGUCAUGCUGAACAGAUGCACCAAACCCCAGCAAGUUAUCUCCACUAUGCAGAAGGAGGGAUCUCAUUUCUGGGCCUCUUCUGGAUCCUCUCUGACCCUGACAGGAUAAAGUGGAGACAGAAAAA